AGCACUCAGCAAAGGGACUGGGGGGCCUGGGGACGCGCUGCCCUCAGUGAACAUCUAACAGGGAGUGGGGGUGGACGGCCAAAGGCCAAAGACGCUUCCGGGCAGAGCAGCAUGGGCUGGCCUCAAGAACCGGAGGCCUCCAGGAGGUGGUGUUUGCCACGGGCCUGGCGGAGGGUUUGCCUCUGGCAGGUCAGGUCGAGAGGACACCCCACACAGGCGCCUGGAGCCGAGGCCUGACUGGGCGCUGGCUGGCAGAACACUGGUGACGCUGCAGUGGCUGUGAGCAGGAAGGGGAAUGUCGCUGUGCCCGGAGUUGGGGCCUGGGAAGCCGCCUGGUGGCAGCAGGGGUGCCCAGGGUGCUCUCUGAUGAAUCCCCGGGCACACGCCCGUCAUGUGGCAGCCCUCAGGAGGAGGGGCUGAGCGGACGACGUGAAGCAUGUAGAGAAAGGCUCCAUUCUUCCUGGACCGCAGUCCUGCCUGGCCUGGGAGGCAGGAGGCAUAGAAAUGUGAGGGCCUGAGCGACCACACCCCAGGGGAGAGGUGGGGAGUGGACCGAGGGACAGAGGGUUGGUGCUGCGGAGCUUGGGGUCCUGGCUGGGAAGUGACCAGGUUGGUCGAGAAGCGGGGGCACCUGGGCUAGCAUCCGUCCAGCCAGGGAGAGGGUGAGUGUGAGAGGGCCCCGGGGGUGCAUAGGGCCCCACUGGGGACACCAUGAGCUGAGCGGAUGCCCGUCGCGGGAGGCCCCUUCCUGCUUCCUGGUGGGACUAUGCUGGCACAGGGCCCCCAGAGGAGGCUGCUGGGCAUCCUCAACUCCACCUCCCCAGCCACCCCCCACCUCGGGCUGGCCCCCAACCAGACGGGCACCUGGUGCCUGGAGGUGUCCAUUCCCAACGGGCUCUUCCUCAGCCUGGGGCUGGUGAGCCUGGUGGAGAACGUGCUGGUGGUGGCCGCCAUCGCCAAGAACCGCAACCUGCACUCACCCAUGUACUUCUUCAUCUGCUGCCUGGCCGUAUCGGACCUGCUGGUGAGCGUGAGCAACGUGCUGGGCACAGCCGUGGUGCUGCUGCUGGAGGCGGGUGCGCUGGCGGCCCAGGCCACCGCAGUGCAGCAGCUGGAUGACGUCCUGGACGUGUUCAUCUGUGGCUCCAUGGUGUCCAGCCUCUGCUUCCUGGCCGCCAUCGCCGUGGACCGGUACAUCUCCAUCUUCUAUGCGCUGCGCUACCACAGCAUCGUGACGCUGCCCCGGGUGUGGCGGGCCAUCGCGGGCAUCUGGGUGGCCAGCGUCGUCUCCAGCACCCUCUUCAUCGCCUACUACGACCACACGGCCGUCCUGCUCUGUCUGGUCAGCUUCUUUGUGGCCCUGCUGGCGCUCAUGGCGGUGCUGUACGUCCGCAUGCUGGUGCAGGCGUGCCAGCACACCCGCGGCAUCGCCCGGCUGCACAAGAGGCAGCGCCCUGCCCCCCAGGGCUUCGGCCUCAAAGGGGCUGCCACUCUCACCACCCUGCUGGGCAUCUUCUUCCUCUGCUGGGGCCCCUUCUUCCUGCACCUCCUGCUCAUCGUCCUCUGUCCUCAACACCCCACCUGCCACUGCAUCUUCAGGAACUUCAACCUCUUCCUGGCCCUCGUCAUCUGCAACACCAUCGUGGACCCGCUCAUCUAUGCCUUCCGAAGCCCGGAGCUCCGGAAGACGCUCCAAGAGGUGCUGCAGUGCUCCUGGUGAGGGCGGUGCCCGAGGGCUCAGGCCAGGUGCUGGGCAGAGGGGGUGGCAGUCACUUGCCAGAAAGGACGGGCUAGAUGAUCUCCAAAGGUGUGGGCGCACGGACCCUCUGGGCCAGAGAGGCAUCAGCAGAAAAUCUCCAGGAGUUGUGGGGGAUGCAGGAGGCUGGGGAGAUGGGGCCACGGGCACAGGGCAGGCCUGGGCUCCUGGACAGACACAGCCCACUCGGGGAGACGUCCACCUGCACCCAGAGAUAGGCGAGGACCCACUGGGCCCCCGUCCAUGGGGAGGAGAAGUCCACGGCUGGCAGAGCGCCGCUCUCUCGAUGAGGACCAUAGGAGAAGGGACUGUAAUGAGCAGGACCCGGCCUCACAGGGAAGGAGUGAGGUCCUGUCCCCGGCAGAGAGACGUGUCCGCAGGAACCGUCGUGGGCAUGGGGCUGAUCUCUUCUCGGGCUCAUGGUGCUGGAGAGCUGGGGGCUCGGCCCAUUUGUUUGCACCACACAUGCCCCUCAGUUAGUGCCUGCCACUGCCUGCUCAGGCCGAGGCACAGCCAUUAGUUCGAAUCAGUGACCAGCACCCAGGGUCACAGGGCCGGGAAGCGUCUGGGAAUAAAUGGUGUGCUUGGAGCAGCUCCAUUGCCAUCUACACUGGCUCAUUCCAAAGGUGCUUGAAGCUUGAGGGUGGAGGAGCCGUGGAGGGGCCUGGUGGGAGUGAUGAAGGGGGAGGAGAAUAUCCCAGAACCCCCGAAGGACCCAGCAUGCCUGAAGCCCCAGCCCAGUUGCACCUGCUCUGAUGCUGUCUGCCUUCUCCGUGUAUGCGAACCCGGCCUCAGGCAGCUGGAGGGCGGAGUCCUGCCCCCAGGCACCUCUAUGGAGAGGAGGCUGAAUGGUCCAGGCUUCCCUCAGCUGCAGCAGAAGCAGGACCUCCGUGACCCACUGUGACCUUGGCCGGAGCACAGCGGGCCUCACCUGCUCUGGGUCACCCCAGGGGGUCCAAGGUGCAGGGUGGGUCAGGACUGGGGUUCUCGUUCCUCCAGCACUACCAGCCCUGGCAGAUAUUUGAGGCAAGGCCGCCCAGAAUGGGGCGAGGCUGUCCAGUGGCUGCAGGCGGUGUCCCUGGGAUUGGUAUCUGGGGUGGCCCUUGCUACACGGUGUUGAGGGCCCUUGGGUCCUCCCUGUGCUAAAACCCUGGGCCUCUUUCUGGGGAGCCACUGGUUCCUCCAGACGCCGAGCAUGCAGUCAGCCCUAUUCCUGGUACAGGCUCAGUGGAGGUGAAAGUGAUGGCGUCAGCCAACUCCCAGGUAGUUCUAGAUGCAUCUGCAGCCGCCUGACCAGUCCCCACCUCACCCGUGCUGGCAGCUCCAGCCCUGACUGUUGGCCUUGGUGCUGGGAACUGGUUCCCGGCAGGCCCAGCCUUUGCUGGAAGAUGG